AUGGCUCUUGUGGCAUACAGAAAUCUAAUGCGUGCGGCUCGCGUCGCCUUUCAAGGUGAUGCGCAAGUUUUAGCUGCCGCCCGACAAAAAAUUCGCCAAGAAUUUAGACGAAAAUCUGGCAUGGAGCCGAGCGAUUCGACGACUAAAGAAGCUCUAUUUCAUGCGCAAGAGGUGGCCAAGUUUUUGCGAGCCAAUGUUGUUCAGGGGAAGAGACUUGAGGGCGAGGAUAACAUGUAUCAGCUUCGAAUCCACAAAGAUACCGAAAGGGGCGACAAUGAGAGCAUAAAAGCAGGAGGAUCCGGUGCAAUCGGCGGUGGUGGAUGCUGUGGUGGGAGUGGCAGAUGA